CUUUGCGCGGUCAACACUGAUGUGUGGCGGUCAAGCUGUUCAAAUGCGAUGUUUAUCUUGACGUGAUUUUUGCACUCUGAGAGAAACUACCAAAACAGUCAAGUGUGGUUCUGAGGAGUGAGUUUGCUGCGCUGACCUCAUGGACCCGCUGGACUUUCUGGAACCUAAAGAACUGCUGCAGUUUUUUCACUGCAACAAAACCGAACUGUCGUGCAUCGAGAAACCCCACACGUUCCUCAGCCAGCUGAGAGAUUACAACUUGAUUCCAGAAGACAGGUACAAGAAGGUGAGUCGCAUGAGGAUUAAAGAUAAUAUAAAGAAAGAACUUUAUGCCCUUUUGGACUGGGUGGAGAAGAAGCAAUCACAAAACAUCCACCACUUCUGGAGGUGUGUCUUCAAGCCGACCAUCAUGAACAUGUACCCUGCCCUGAAAAUGAUGCACCGCAGCCUCAUGGACGGAUCCUUCCAUUUCGACGCCCAGCUACCUGAGAAUUUGGAGGAGGAAGAGGAAGAGGAGGAGGAGUCAGUUAAAAAAAGAAAGAGCCGUUCAGAAGAUGAGGAGAGAGAUGAUGAUCACAUGAACUCAGUGAAAAAGAAGAGAAAAUGGCGUAUUAAUAGUGAGCAUGAUGAUGAUGAUGAACAGCCAGGACAUUCUUCUUCAAUGACUCCAGGUCGGAGAAAAAAAUCAAAGAAACUGUCAUUCUCUUCUCCCCUAAAGAAAGGAGGGAACAAUGACAUCUGGAACUGGGAGAUCUAUUACAUGCAGCUACCAGUGACCUGUGGAGAAAAGGAGGGGAUGCUUCACAGAAAAAAACUAGCUGAAGGGCAGAAGUGCAUUUUUGCACACAAGAAGUGGUUCACGCCGACUGAAUUUGAAAGGUUUUCAGGGAAGCAGAGUUCUAAGAACUGGAAGUUGACCAUCCGCUGUCAGAACACCUCGCUGGGACAACUGAUAAAGGAAGGACACCUGGAAUGUUCAGGAUUUAAAAAGAAGUGUAAAAAUGUUAAGAAAUCACUGUUUCCUUCAGGUGGGACAACAGUGUCAGAGGAUGAAGAAAUUGAGGAAAGUGACCAGCACAACGAAGAACAGAGUUCAUCAAGCGAGAGAAAGAAUUCCUCAGAUGAAACAGCUGAAGAAGAAGGAGAAAACAGAAACCAGACAGAACAGCAGCCAGAAGACAGACAAGCCAGGAACAAGACAGCGUUCAAAGUCACAUGUGGGGAUUUAACUGGGACACUACAUGAACAGCGCUUUGCAUCAGGGUUGCGUGGGAAAAGUAUUCGUACUGAGACGAGAUGGAUGACGCCAGUGGAAUUUGUGAAGGAAGGAUUGUCUCAGGCGGACGUCUCCUGGAAGAAGGACAUCCUGUGGGAUGGUAAACCACUUGCCAUGCUCAUAAUGACAAAAGAUUUCAAGAUCCAUUCAGAGCUGUGCACAUGUGCCUUGUGUCGUCCAGCUCCUGAAGACAUGGAGAAUCAGAAGAACGAUGAUGAGUGUUAUGUCUGUAAAAGUGAUGACAACAAACUUGUGGAGUGCGAUGACUGUCCUCGGUCUUUCCAUCAAACAUGUCACCAGCCUCAUGUGACAGAUGCCAUUUUGGGAGAUAAAAGUCCGUGGAUAUGCACAUUCUGUGUAUUCAAAAUCAAUCAGGACUGCUUUUGUUCUGAUCGUGUGACCCGUGAGCAAGUGCUGUCCUACCAAAUAUCACAACAUAUGUUGCAUUGCCAGUAUCUUCUCCUGUAUGUGUGCGGUGAAGAUAAGAAGCAAGUCUUUUCUUUAGACCCACGUCUCCAUAUAACAGACUAUGUCACUGUGAUCAAGACUCCCAUGUGGCUGGGCAAAAUAGCAGAUAAACUCCAGCAUCGACAGUACCAGACUGUCAGAGACUUUGUGUCCGACAUGCAGCUCAUCUUCAGCAACUGUGCUUCAUACAACAAAGAUAAUGCAGAAUUCUGUUCCUUGGGCAACACAAUGAAGGAAUUAUUUGAAAGAGAGUUCCAGAAUGUUUUUAACAUCCUUUAGGACACUGAUGGGCAAAAACAAGUUUUUAAGUGACUGACGUCAUGCUGUCAUUUUUCAGUCAGAUGUUUGGAAAAUGUUGAAGAGUUGGCAGCAUUGCAGUGUAUCUUUAACAAGAUUAUCACUUAAAAGUCAUAUCUCACUCCAGUCACCACCAUCGUUUAAAAAAAUUCUCUACUAGAUUAUAAAUCAUUUUUUCCAAGUCUUUAACUUAUGUGGUCCCUGAUAUAGCUGGUAAAGCUAAAAUAAGUUGGAGUACAUCAGAAUAAUGCACAACAGAUUCACAACCAUUUUAAUCCGUAAUCAUUAUUUAAUGUUUGGAACAGACCUACGUGAAGGUCACUCGCCAGUGUCCAAUUGCAGUUACGCCAGCAUGUCAAUCCAGGUUGCUUUUUGUAUUCAGA